CGCCCGGACUGUGGAUGUCAACAUGGUGGAAAGGAACAGUUAGGGAUUGUUAUGUAAAUUGGCCUGUGGGGCUCGCCAGGAACGCAUAGCACAGGCCAGAGGCCCCAUUCUUGCUCUGUAUGUAUGUGCUGCCUUCACAUCGUCUGAUCGCAUUUACUCCAAAGCUUUAGUGGCAUCCGGGCCAUUAUCGUGCUUGUAGUGAGCAGAUCUCGGCUGCAGUGGGAGAUAUGUUAGUCAGGCUGCCUGUGUCUGGCAUCCUCUACCUUCCUUGUAGGAUGUCUUCCUCCCUGGCAUCUUCGCUGCUGCGAUCUGCUGCUUAUGUCGGCGGCUCUUGGGUGCGGGCCUCUGACUCUGUGACCUUUCCUGUGCUGGAUCCGGCUACUGGGGCAGAACUGGCGCAAGUGUCUGACUGUGGCCCCCGAGAAUGUAGGGAGGCAAUAAAGGCAGCCUCCGAAGCCUUCAAAUCAUGGAAAGACGUGUCGGGCAAGGAGAGGAGUGUUCUGCUGCGGAGAUGGUAUGAUUUAAUGAUCCAGAAUAAAGAGGACCUUGCCAAGAUUAUCACAGCUGAAAAUGGUAAGCCAUUGAAGGAGGCACUCGGAGAGAUCCUUUAUGCAGCCGGCUUUUUGGAAUGGUUUUCAGAGGAGGCGCGCCGUGUGUAUGGGGAUGUGAUUCCUGUGGCAGUUAAGGAUAGAAGAGCUGUGGUUCUUAAACAGCCUGUAGGAGUCGCAGCGAUCAUAACUCCAUGGAACUUUCCCAGUGCUAUGAUAACAAGAAAGGUAGGGGCGGCUCUUGCUGCUGGAUGCACUGUUGUUGUAAAGCCUGCUGAGGACACCCCAUUAUCUGCAUUAGCACUUGCAGAGUUGGCCCAGCAGGCUGGAUUCCCAGCCGGAGUUUAUAAUGUUGUCCCUUGUUCAAGAGAGAAGACUCCGGCAGUUGGGGAAACACUGUGCACUGAUCUUGCCGUCAGCAAAAUUUCCUUUACUGGUUCCACUGCAACAGGAAAGAUCCUGUUGCACCAUGCAGCCAACUCUGUGAAGAGGGUGUCAAUGGAGCUUGGAGGACAUGCGCCAUUUAUUGUGUUUGACAGUGCAAACGUUGACCAAGCUGUUGCUGGGGCUCUAGCUUCAAAAUUUCGGAACUCUGGUCAAACAUGUGUGUGCUCCAACAGAUUUCUGGUACAGAAAGGGAUACACAACACAUUUGUGAGCAAACUUGCAGCUCUGAUGAAUAAGGAGUUACGAAUUGGACAUGGGUUUGGUGAUGGAGUUACACAGGGCCCGCUCAUUAAUGAAAAGGCAGUGCAGAAGGUGGAGCAACAUGUGAGCAAUGCCGUGUCUCUUGGUGCCCAAAUUGAGGCAGGAGGGAAACGUUCUGCUGUUGGGAAGAAUUUCUUUGAACCAACUCUGCUAAGUAACGUUACCACAGACAUGCUGUGCACACAAGAAGAAACAUUUGGUCCUUUAGCACCAGUCAUAAAAUUUGAUACAGAAGAAGAAGCAGUUGCCAUUGCAAAUUCAGCCAAUGUUGGCUUAGCAGGAUAUUUUUACUCUCAAGAUCCAGCACAAAUCUGGCGUGUGGCUGAACGUCUGGAAGUAGGGAUGGUUGGCGUGAAUGAAGGUUUGCUGUCAUCUGUCGAGUGCCCAUUUGGCGGUGUGAAGCAGUCUGGCAUUGGUCGGGAAGGGUCAAAAUAUGGCAUUGAUGAGUAUUUAGAAGUAAAAUAUGUAUGCUUUGGAGGCUUAUAACAUAAAGCAGAAGAUCAAACUCAGGGUCAAUGUUAAAUGAGUUGAUGUCACCAGGGCUCAUUUAUGAGUGCAGUGUGAGCAAGACGCCAUAUUUUUUUCCCACAAUGCAACUUAUUACCCCAUAAUUUCAGAGUAACAACAGCCGGGAGGUGGAGAUGCAUCUGAUGAAAAUGAAGCUGAUGCAUUACAAAGAUGCAGUUGUGCACGUGCAUCCUUUUGCUGUUAAGCUUAAAGGACAUGUAAACCCCACACACACAAAUGUAAUCAAUCAACAGCCUCUUUGAAAUCUUACAAUACCUGCCACACUGGUUGUCUAGAGGUUAACAGUAAGGCUACAACAUCUCUUUAAUCACUUAGAUUUCCUUCUCCUCCUGUAACCUACUCGCCCCCCUCCCCCAGGAAUUUGCUUUGACUUGUGGGCAUGCUCAGUUGCUCUAAGCUCAGAUUACCCAGACACCCUCCAGUCUAGCAGCCAGUGAAGAGAUGGCAUUGCUGGUUCCCAUAGAAACUUAGCUCUCACUGUCUGCUUCAAUUUUUUUUCCUGAGCUCAGCUUUACCCUUACAGUGCUCUCAGAGGAAAAAUGGCCUCCGGGUGAAAGCUGCAAUUUGCUUUAGGAAAAUGUGAUGGUGCUGGCAAGUGGAGGGGAUAUAUGCAGUACAAAUUAUGCCAUUUGGGUGGGGGAGACGUGCCCAACUGAUAUAGAUUGUAGGCAAAUGUAAGCUUUACAUAUCCUUUAAGGUACAAGUACCUUUAAUGUCUGUGCUUAAUAACUGAGCCUUUACUCUUAAUGGAUCCCUACCACCAAUAAAUUAUGCAGUUGAUCUUAUUCUGUCCCAAUGAUACAUCAAUUGUACUUGAUAAGUGACUAGAAUAUAAUAUAUACUAUUAAAUAUAUAUAGAGCCUGAUAAAUUAGAAACAAAGCAGUCCCAUUUAUACCCUAAAAACACAAAACACAAGUGUGAGAUUAGAACUCACCACAGAAAAACCUCACCCACUUUCUAUUUAUUCCUAUGGGAUUUUUAGAAGUGUUUUUAUCAAUGGGUAAAAGUUAAGGGGGCAUUUUAUAAACUGCAACAUUUUUUUUGUCGCCAAAAUCCCAAAUUUUUUGUGGAAAAAAACUUACUGUAGUGACUUUUCAGAGAAAAGUGUCACAAAGCUGUGACUAUUCUGAAUCCCAAAACAUGCCAGCUAAAACCUGUCGAGAUCAUGUAGAAGUCAGUGGUGGAUCUUGCCAUGUAUGGCCACCUGAACAGUAUUCUAUAAAAUUUUGGAAUGUGCUUUACCUAUUACAUUGUUGACCCUUAAUAAAAGGAGGGGGUGAGAAACAUGAUUCUUGGUCUAAUAUCUGUAAAAUUAAUGAUUUUAGAUUGUAAGUUCUAAGGAGCAGGUCCCUUUUUUUUUUACCUCCUUCAGUAAAUAUUUGUAGGUAAUCUGUGUUUGAUGUGUGCACCCUUCUGUUGUACAUCUUUGCGAAAUAUGCUGGUGCUUUAUAAGUGUCUGUAAAGUACAGUUCUAACAUAGAAAUGUUCACGCCAGCGCUAUAACCUGAUGUUGCCAAAUGUAUAUACAUAGUGAAGUGCUUUUAACUUUAUGUUAAAAGGUUUAUGUACAUUUCUUUUAUAUAUUUUUUUUUUUUUAACCUGUAAAUGUGAAGUAAAAUAGGUUACAAAAUGUAAUUUUAACAGGAAAUUGCACAAUAAUAAAUACUGUGACAAAAACAUUGCCAUUUUAACCUACCUUGAAAACUUUUUCAUAUGUAAAGUCCAAGUUUGUAUGGCUUUAUAAGUCCUGUUCAUAAUAGUGUGAAUGAUUAUUCGUCUUGUUUUAGAUAAUAAUUGUUUUAGAUAAUAAUUGUUUUAGAGUUGUCUUCAUUAAUGAUGAAUAAAAAAUGUGCCAAAAACUAAUGA